AUGCUUAUACAUUGCGAAAAUCAAGCCGUCAUCUUCAUUGCUCGCAAUCUCAUCUUUCAUAACCGUACAAAGCACAUUGAGAUUGGCUAUCAUUACAUUCGAGAUAAGGUUAUGUCUAGACUUAUCUCUAAUCUUCAUACGACAUCAUUUCAUCAACUUACAAAUGUCUUCACAAAGAGUCUGGUCGGCAUCUCCUAUGAUGUCAUGUAUACCAAGUUGAGCAUAUUCGAUUUAUAUGCUUCAGCUUGA